GAGAGAGAGAAUGGCGCAGUGAAGAAAAACGCAGGCAAACCAGUCAUUCAUCUGUCCACCACUCCUUCCUUUGAAUUUUCCGUCAACGGGAGAAAAGAAGAAAAAAACUGCAAUCUAGCUAUAUAUUUGAUUAUCGAUAUUAAUCGCGAAAUUGAGAUUGAAAUUGAUUGCGAAAUUGUUUGGGUGAGAAAUGGAGACAACGGCGAAUCCUAAGAAGGCGGGGAGCGAGGGGUUGUUGGAUCGGGAGGGAGGCUCCGAUAGCAGCGGCAGAGGGGGUGGUUCCAGUGGAAGCGGAGAUGGAGAAGGAGGAAAAGGAGGAGGAGCAGUAGGAGGUUGGGUGUUCCAUGUCGGGGUGAAUUCAAUAGGACACGAGUAUUGCCAUGCCCGAUUCCUCCUCAUAAGGGGAAAAUACGUUCUCAUGUACAAGAGAGACCCUCACGAGAACCGCGGCAUUAAACCUAUUAGGAAGGGCAUAAUAGGGCCAACAACUAUGGUGGAGGAGCUAGGGCGUCGAAAGGUCAAUCAUGGGGAUUUUUAUAUUAUACAGUUCUUCAAUCGGUUGGAUGAGACAAAGAAGGGGGAGAUUGCAUGUCCUACUGCUGGAGAAGCUCGUAAAUGGAUAGAGGCAUUUGAUCAUGCCAAGCAACAGGUUGAGAAUGAGCUUUCAAGAGGAGCUAGCACCAGAAACAAAUUGAACUUGGAGGAAGAGAUCAAUCUGGAUGGACACCGACCUAGAGUUAGGCGGUAUGCAUAUGAAUUAAGAAAGCUGAUUAGGAUAGGGCAAGGUCCAGAAACUCUUUUGCGGCAGUCCUCAAAGUUGGGAGAAAAUGUUAGGUCAGAUGGGUUCAUGGAAAUGGACACUGGAGAUGCAAUUGAAGCACAUGAGUGGAAGUGCGUUCGUACGCUGAAUGGUGUUAGAAUCUUCGAGGAUGUCUCUGAUUCGAAGAGUGGUAAAGGUGUUCUUGUGAAGGCCGUCGGUGUUGUCGAUGCAAGUGCUGAUAAUGUUUUUGAAGUGGUGUUAAGCCUUGAUCGCCAUAAAAGAUAUGAGUGGGAUAUGUUGACAGGUGACUUGGAGCUGCUAGAUUCAUAUGAUGGACACUAUGAUGUUGUCUAUGGAACAUAUGAUCCGAAGUAUCUUACCCGGUGGCAAUCCAAGAGAGAUUUUGUUUUCUCUAGGCAAUGGUUCCGUGGACAAGAUGGAACAUACACCAUUUUACAGUUCCCAGCAGUACAUAAGAAGCAUCCUCCAAAAUCAGGAUAUCGGCGUACAAAAAUCAAUCCAUCUACUUGGGAAAUAAAAUGCUUAAACAUGCCAAUGGGUUCAAAUGGCAAGAAAUGUUUUGUGACACAAAUGUUAGAGAUGCAUUCUAGCAGAUGGUUUAAAUGGAAGAAAAAUGGCUCCUCAAAGUUUGAAAAGAGUAUUCCUUGUGCAUUAUUGUCUCAAGUGUCUGGGCUGAAGGAAUAUAUUGAAGCAAAUCCAGCGCUGAAAUUUGAAUCUUCCACUACAGUUGUCCAUUCAAAAUUGUCUGAUGUUUCCAUUUCCAAUGGCGAAUACUUUGAUACAGACGUGCAAGAUGAAUUUUAUGAUGCAAUUGCUGCUGAGUCAUCAUCGUCAUCGGAAGAUGAAGACAGUGAUGAUCAGGAAGAUGAACUAAACAAAAAGGAUCCGAAAGUGAAACUGAAGAAUGUCUCAUGGGCUAUUACAAGCUUAGCUCUGAAGCGGAAGUCAGUUGCAGAUGCAAAGGAAUUGGAUCCUACUGUAGCUCCAAUAGCCAUUGAGCCAGGCCAGUUCCAUUGUUCCUUAAACAAAGGAAAGGAUGACAAUGACACAAAUUGUUGGGCUUCUCCAAGUGGUACAGGAUUUAUGAUAAGAGGAAAGACUUAUCUAAAAGAUAAUUCAAAGGUUGUGGGAGGGGAUCCUCUUCUGAAGCUCAUAGGAGUUGACUGGUUCAAAGUUGAUAAAGCCAUUGACAGUGUUGCACUGCAUCCCCGUUGUCUAGUUCAGACAGAAGCCGGGAAAAAACUACCAUUUAUCCUUAUCAUCAAUCUACAGGUCCCAGCAAAACCAAACUAUUGUCUGGUUCUUUACUAUGCCUCUGAAAGGCCAGUGAAUGGCAGUUCUUUGUUGGGUAAAUUUGUGGAUGGGAAUGACAUGUUUCGCGAUUCAAGGUUUAAACUGAUUCCAAGUAUAGUUGAGGGAUAUUGGAUGGUAAAGCGUGCGGUUGGAACAAAAGCUUGUCUAUUAGGGAAAGCUGUGACCUGCAAGUAUCUCAGACAAGACAAUUUUUUUGAGAUUGAUGUGGAUAUUGGAUCAUCAUCUGUGGCGAGGAGUGUUAUUGGUCUUGUGCUUGGAUAUGUAACAAGCUUAGUCGUUGACCUUGCAAUUUUGAUAGAGGCGAAGGAAGAGUCUGAAUUACCUGAGUAUAUUCUUGGAACGGUUCGACUAAACCGUCUGAGACCUGACACUGCUGUUCCGUUGGAGGAUUGAGACAAUGUGAAAACAUUUGUAUCCAUCUUCUUGCCGACAGUUAUUGCCAUUAAUUGAAUUUUAGCUCCAUCUUUCCUUCUUGAUUGGUCUGUCCUUGUAUUGGAGAUCAUGGACUUUGUGGCAUAUGAGUAACCUUUUCCACCUUUUGCUUUGCAAGUUCAAUAGGGUUGGUGCACUAAAUUUGGUUUGUAAUCGAUGGAUGCGGAAUAUGUGGCCUGCAGAAAUGCAACAUUCAUGACUUGGGCUACUGGCUACAGGUGAUUCCAGUGCUGCAUCUGAAUGUUUAAAGCUCUGGUUUCUUACAGCGAACAGCCUUGAAAAGGCUUUUUGAAAGGAAAAAAAAUGAAAGGGUAGAAAGUGUGUGCCUCGCUUCAAUCACUAUACUAAUUUCACUCACUUGAAUGCACAUUUAUGCAUGAUUGAUGUCUCCUUGAAGAAUAUUAAUUCUUUUGUUUGGCGUAUUAUUUUCUGCGCCACAAUUGAUAACUCAUACAAUUUGUACCUGAUGUAUGAAAAUAAAAGACAAGCCUUUUGCAUC